AUGCGAGAACUCCUUCGAGACUCCAAGCCAUUCGUAUGGACGUCAAGUGCGGAUGAAAGCUUCAAGAAAGUGAAGUCGGUGCUCAGCUCCUGUCCAGUCCUCCACAUGUUUGACCCACGACUCCCUGUGAUCGUGGCGACGGAUGCUUCGUCUUACGGACUGGGCGCCGUCUUGCAGCAACUUAAAGGGGACCAGGGACGCCCGUUUACUCUGCGUACAGACCAUCAAGCGUUAGUGACCCUUCUUGGGGCUCACGGUACAGGCCACAGACCUCUUCGAAUUUCCAGAUGGUCUGCGAGGCUACUUUACUACAACUUCAAAGUUGAAUACAAGAAGGGAGCAGAAAACUACGUAGCGGACGCUCUAUCCCGGCUACCGUUUCGAGACGAGCUUUCUGUUGUAGAUGGACUGCUGUACCGUGGAGAACGCAUCGUUGUUCCGCAGGCGUUAACAUCUAAGAUUCUCACUCUCGCGCACGAAACCCAUCCGGGAAUUGUGCGGACAAAGCAGAGACUCCGAGAUCUCUACUGGUGGCCUGGAAUGGACGCACAAGCUGAAAAGAUGGUGCGUGACUGCUCUACCUGUCAAUCCGCUGACAAGUCUGCCAGGACAGCGCCUUCACCUUUACACCCGGUCCCAUUUCCGGCCAAGCCAUGGGCAAAGUUAGGUGUAGACAUCGUCGGACCGUUGGAGGACUGCCCUCACUCCUGUCGCUACGCCAUUACCCUAAUUGACUACCAUAGCAAGUGGCCGGAGGUUUCGUUUGCAUCAACUGUAACGACCGCCACAGUAGAAACGUUUCUCCGGCAUGUUUUCAGUCGCGAGGGUUUUCCUGAAGAACUAGUCACUGACAAUGGCCCGCAAUUUGUUUCAGCAGAAUUUAAAAAAUUUCUUCAAGAUCGUGGCAUUCGUCAAACGACAGUUUCAGUGUACUACCCACAAGCAAAUGGCCAAGUGGAGCGUUUCAAUCGUGUUUUCAAGGACGUCAUUCAAGUUGCAAAACUUCGUAACAAGGACGUGAAAUCAGCAGUUCUCGAGUACCUCACCGUAUAUAGAAGUACCCCUCAUGCUACCACGGGUGUUUCACCGUCAGUCCUCCUUCACGGGAGGGCCGUACGAACUCGCCUAAAUGUGGUGGGACUUGAAGGACAGUCAGUCGACGUGGACAUGCCGAAAGUCCGGCAGCGAGUGGAGUGUAAGCAGUCAAAGCAGAAGUUAUACACUGACUCUAAACUAUCUGCUAAGUGUCGAAUAUUCACUCCUGGUACCUACGUUCGAGUGCGCCUACCUGGUCGACGAAAGAAGGGGCAUCCGAAUUUUUCGCCGCCGUUGAAGAUAAUUGCUCCACGAGGACCACUUUCCUAUCUGUUGGAGGAUGGCAAAGUAUGGCACUCGUCGAAAUUUACGAAACACCACAGGGCAGAGAGGUUACCUGCCCAGCGUAUGGAGGAGCAGAAGGAACAGCCGUUCAUCACUAGCUCUUGGUGGGCAAUCACCGAGCAAGCUUGUUCACAUCCUCCGCUUGUGCCAGAAGUGCCAGCCCCCGGCACUGUUCAGGAACAAGAACAAGGGCCACAACUUCGACGGAGCAAACGCCAACGUACCGCACCCGAGCGCUAG